GCCCCGCCCACUCCCCCACCCCUCCCGCGGCGCUGCCGGCUAGGCUGCUCCGCAGGUGACCGGGAGGUGGCUUUUCCCCGGAGCUGCAGCCCCCUCCUGGGGGGAUGGGCACAACCACGCCAGAUGGACGAGAAGAUCAAGAAAGCUGAGGAGGUGGCCCAGAGACUCAGCCGAGCAGUGGCUGGCGGGGAUGAACAGGUGGCUAUGCAGUGUGCCAUAUGGCUGGCAGAGCAACGGGUGCCCCUGAACGUGCAACUGAAGCCUGAGGUCUCCCCGACACAGGAUAUCAGGCUGUGGGUGAGCGUGGAGGAUGCGCAGAUGCACACGGUCACUAUCUGGCUCACGGUGCGGCCGGACAUGACGGUGGCCUCCCUCAAGGACAUGGUGUUCCUGGACUAUGGCUUUCCGCCAACCCUGCAGCAGUGGGUGAUUGGGCAGCGCUUGGCCCGGGACCAGGAGACCCUGCACUCCCACGGGGUGCGGCGGAACGGGGCCAGCGCCUACCUCUAUCUGCUGUCAGCCUGCAACACCUCACUCAACCCUCAGGAGCUGCAGCGGGAGCGGCAGCUGCGGAUGCUGGAGGAUCUGGGCUUCAAGGACCUCACGCUGCAGCCACGGGGCCCCCUGGAGCCAGUCCCCCCGAAGCCCGGGGGCCCCCAGGAGCCGGGGCGGGGGCAGAACGACGCCGCGCCAGAGCCCCCGCCGGUGGGCUGGCAGUGCCCCGGUUGCACCUUCAUCAACAAGCCCACGCGGCCCGGCUGCGAGAUGUGCUGCCGGGCACGGCCCGAGGCCUACCAGGUCCCCGCCUCGUACCAGCCGGACGAGGAGGAGCGAGCGCGUCUGGCCGGCGAGGAGGAGGCGCUGCGCCAGUACCAGCAGCGGAAGCAGCAGCAGCAGGAGGGGAACUACCUACAGCACGUGCAACUGGAUCAGCGGAGCCUGGUGCUGAACACCGAGCCUACCGAGUGCCCCGUAUGCUACUCGGUGCUGGCGCCCGGCGAGGCCGUGGUGCUGCGUGAGUGUCUGCACACCUUCUGCAGGGAGUGUCUACAGGGCACCAUCCGCAACAGCCAGGAGGCCGAGGUUGCCUGCCCCUUCAUUGACAACUCCUACUCAUGCUCGGGCAAGCUGCUGGAGAGGGAGAUCCGGGCGCUCCUGAGCCCCGAGGAUUACCAGCGAUUUCUGGACCUGGGCAUCUCCAUUGCGGAAAACCGCAGUGCCUUCAGCUACCACUGCAAGACCCCGGACUGCAAAGGAUGGUGCUUCUUUGAGGAUGAUGUCAACGAGUUCACCUGCCCUGUGUGUUUCCACGUCAACUGCCUGCUUUGCAAGGCCAUCCACGAGCAGAUGAACUGCAAGGAGUACCAAGACGACCUGGCCCUGCGGGCUCAGAACGACGUGGCUGCCCGGCAGACGACGGAGAUGCUGAGGACCAUGCUGCAGCAGGGCGAGGCCAUGCACUGCCCACAGUGCCAGAUCGUGGUGCAGAAGAAGGAUGGCUGUGACUGGAUCCGCUGCACUGUCUGCCACACGGAGAUCUGCUGGGUCACCAAGGGUCCUCGCUGGGGCCCCGGGGGCCCAGGAGACACCAGCGGGGGCUGCCGCUGCCGGGUGAAUGGGGCUCCUUGCCACCCCAGCUGUCAGAACUGCCACUGAGCUGAGGAUGACCUGGUCCCCAUGCUGACCCAGCCCCACAUCUGCAAGCUGCUGUGGGACAGGGCUGGUGCUUUGGCUCUGAUUUCUGGCCUUGGAGAUGCCUUUGCGCUUGGCUGAGACAGGGGCCCUGAAGAGGCCAAGGCCCCUGAGCUGUGUGGAUGGCCUUAUUUGCUGUGGGCAUUGCAGAGGCCCUGCCUGAGCUGGCCAUUGUCCGCGGCUGCAUCUGCCCCAGUGCCUUUGCCCUUCCUGGGGCUUGCCAGCCAGACCUUUCAUCUCCUCUCUGUGGCUCCCAUCUCUGCCUAACCCAGCCUUAAACACAGCCCUGGCCGGAGGCCUUGCUGGAUGGAGCCUCUGAGAGCCCCGUGUGAGUCCACACUUCCCUCAUCCACCUUCCUCGUCUGCAGGACGCUGAGCACUCACAGCCUACCACCUCCCCUGUCGGCCUUCUGGGGGUGACUUUUCUCUGGCUUUGCUGUUGGAAGCCUGGGGCCUCUUAGAAUUGCUGCUAAUUCUGCUCAGAGCCAAGAGGGAGACCUGGCAGUUUCCAAAGACAGCCCAGCUGGUCCAGCUUCCGUAUCUCCCUCUUUGCCGCCUGUGUAAACUAAUUAAAAUGGUUUUCCAGGGGGCUUCCCUGGUGGCGCAGUGGUUGAGAAUCUGCCUGCCAAUGCAGGGGACACGGGUUCGGGCCCUGGUCUGGGAAGAUCCCACAUGCCGCGGAGCAACUGGGCCCGUGAGCCACAAUUACUGAGCCUGCGCAUCUGGAGCCUGUGCUCCAGACCUCCAGGCCUCUCUGUGCAACAAGAGAGGCCACGAUAGUGAGAGGCCCACGCACCACGAUGAAGAGUGGCCCCCGCUUGCCGCAACCAGAGAAAGCUCUCACACAGAAACGAAGACCCAACACAGCCAUAAAUAAAUCAAUUUUAAAAAAAGGUUUUCCGGGCUUCCCUGGUGGCGCAGUGGUUAAGAAUCUGCCUGCCAAUGCAGGGGACACGGGUUCGAGCCCCGGUCUGGGAAGAUCCCACAUGCCGCGGAGCAACUAAGCCCGUGAGCCACAACUACUGAGCCUGCGCGUCUGGAGCCUGUGCUCCGCAACGGGAGAGGCCGCGAUAGAGGUCUGCGCACCGCGAUGAAGCAACUGGAGAAAGCCCUUGCACAGAAAUGAAGACCCAACACAGCCAAAAAUAAAUAAAUAAAUUAAUAAAUGAAUUAAUUAAUUAAUUUAAAAAAAAAAGAAAUAGCUUUUAAAAAAAAAAAAAAAAGGUUUUCCAGGAAGGGAUGAGUGUGAUGUCGUGAGAGGGAGCAAAAGGGUCAUGGGCUGCGACUCUACACAGAGACAGGCAGGAUCCCAAGCUCUCCGGGAACUGCAGCCAAAAGUUGAUGUGUUGGCCCCCGUCAGUGUAGAACGCGGGUGCGGCUGAGCACUGGGAUACUUGCACCGGCCUGAGCACCCCUGCGCCCACUCGAGGGCAGGAUGCUCUGGGUCAGCGUUGGCCUGGACAGGCAGCUUGCAGUGUGUUCAGAGUCCACAAGGCGGGGUCUGCAGGUCAGCGUGGGCAUCAGGGGGAGGGAGGGGCCGAGGCAGCAGCUACAGGCUGGCAGGAAAUUCUUGCUGCAAACUUCUGACCUCUCCGUGGGCAUCCAGUGUUGGAGAACAGAGAUAUUUCAGGAAGAGGUGAACCUGCUGCAGUCGCGGGUGAGAUUGUGAUCCUCAUUUUUAACAUCUCAGACAAGAUGGCACAGUAUUGGUCCAGUGCUGUUUACUAAGCCCACUCUGUGCUGGCCAGAGAUUAAUAAAACACGGUUCUGGGCAUCCA